UUUUAGAUUGCCUAAUUUAGUCAUUCCGAGUCUUAAUAACCAAAAUAAUGUUUAAUGUGGAAUUACAAUAAAAUGGGAUAUUGUUCUGGUGGUGUAUCACUGAAGAAGCACACCUUUUCCAUAUUCUUGCUCUGUGAUGUCAUCUAGUGACGAGAUUUGGUAACUGUGGAGAAAUUCUGAGUUUGGGCGUUCUCUGCAUAUGAUCUGACUAAACCCAAAGACCAUAGCAUCCCUAGAUACUGUGUUCAGCCAGAGUGUGUCUACAAUGAGCAAGUAAUCGACAAAUGCGAGUCUGUGAAUGCUUAAUGCUUUGGGUGUAAUCUUUUAUGGUCUUUGCUAAUCUUGCUUAUUUUUUUUUCUCUGCUCUUUUUGACCUUGCACUGAAACUGUAUGAUGUCCUUGCAAACAGUCUUUUCUUUCUUUCUUUCUUUCUUUCUUUCUUUCUUUCUUUCUUUCUUUCUUUCUUUCUUUCUUUCUUUCUUUUUCUACAUAACUAAUACACAAUAUAAAACGGAAAGAAGGAACAGGCUGUUUUGUAUUCAUUUAGAGAGUAAGGAAAAACUAAAAUCAUACAUAUUUACUUAAUCAGACAUUUAUUAUUAUUAUUAUUAUUAUUAUUAUGACGACAAAAGAAUCGCUGUGUUAAGUAUAUGAGGAUGACCCAAGGGGUAAACUCACAACAAUAACCAUCGUGUAGACUACUUGCGUAGCUGCAGCCUAUCGAUAUUCAAUAGCAAAUCAAUUUUUAUUAAUUUACAAAACAGAAUAGUGAUUAAUGGUUAGAUUUUUCUUAAAGGUUUCAUUUUGUCUUAACUAAAGGCUUAACUUAAUAGACUACUUAAAUAUUUAAGUUUAAUUUAUUUGGUUUUAUUAAUUUGGUAUGCCUAUUUAAUUGACACUAGACGUUACAUUUUUCAAAUAAAAGUCCAUUUUAUAAUUGCGUUAGGCUAUAUAACUUUGACGUUGUCCAUUUCAAGCAAGGGGGCAACAAAAACAACAUGGCCCGGGCUGAGUUUAAAAUAUCGGUGAUGGCGUUGUUGUUGGCUUUGUAUUAAUAUUGAAUUAAUGUUGAGUUUGUUUUUAUCUUCUACAUAUUUACCAUUCAUGUAUUAGUUUUUAUUGAAAUAGAAAAAAUACUUUUUUAUGUCCAUUGUGCCAAUGUAUUGCUGAAGCAGGUAUUCAUGGUGAUUUCACUAAAUAGUAUGUGUCUCUGGAGAAAAAUAGCACUGUAUUUAAACAGCGUGAAAGCCAUUUAGUAGGGUAUGGUAAACUAUAAUAUAGUAUAUAAUAUAGUUUUAAUUGUUUAGAAUGGUUUUCAGGGCCUAUUCAUAAUAUGCAAGUUAUGAAGACUUUAAAUUAGCGUGUUGCAGUGGUCCAAAUGUAAUUAUUUAGUCAGAGAAUGCACUGAAGGUCUCAACAACAACGGAAUAGUAUGGUAUUAUUUAAUACAUAAAGAGGGUAAAGGUCAGUAAAAGUUCGUUUUGGAGAGAAAAACUCCGUCUGUUCGUCUCUAUUCUCUUGUGCACAUUAAUUGAGCCAAUUAUGUCGUACAGAUUUUACAAAUUGUCAGCCAUGGACAUUGUUGAAUGAAGACAAAGUCGAAAUGAAAAUGACGUGCAUCUGAAAAUGAGGUUUGCAUCAUAUUUCGAUUGCGAAAAAAAUUAAAAUGUGGAGGGAAAUUAAUUAUUAACCUCAUACUCCUAUUAAAAAAACAAUUUAUUUAUAUAGUUGCAUUAUUUUCCUUUCUUUCUGAAAACGGUGAAAAACACUUGCGUCUGAGUGUUUUGAUGUGCUCUGGGGAUUCCAUUCUGUGCAACAAGAGGGCCCCCACCUUACACGUUCUCCUGUAGUCACAAGUGCUCAGGAUUGGUCAGGCUCUGAUCAGCUGGUCCGUUUCCCCGCGGUCUCAGAUUGGCACCUCGCCACCCCCCUUCGGCUAAAACCAAAUCUCAGAUAAAGUAAUGGCAAAAACCACUUGGACUAUAAAACACAACAAAUCAUAACACUCGGACAAUAACACUGGCCACCCCAUGAGUUCCUAUUUCGUCAACUCAACUUUUCCCGUGUCUCUACCCGGAGCACAGGAGUCUUUCUUGGGUCAGAUACCGCUAUAUUCCUCUGGAUAUACAGAUCCUUUAAGACAUUAUCCAAGCGCUACGUUCGGAGCUACCAAUGUCCAGGACAAGGUUUACACCUCCUCGUAUUACCAGCAAGCGGGGGGCGUUUUUGGGAGAAGCGGAUCCACCAGUGCUUGUGACUACACAACACCCAACAUUUACCGACCCGCGGAGCGCUCGUGCGCUAUCGGAGGUCUGGAAGACCCGCUGGUCCUAACCCAAGACCAGUGCAAGACGGACUGCACUGAACAGGGUGCAGAGAGAUAUUUUAACAAUGAAGACAAACCGUGUACAACGGUUUACCCGUGGAUGCAGAGGAUGAACUCGUGUAAUGGAAUGCCUGGCAGCACUGGCCGCAGGGGUCGUCAAACCUACACUCGGUUUCAGACUCUUGAACUGGAAAAGGAGUUCCACUUUAACAGAUAUUUGACCAGAAGACGAAGAAUUGAAAUAUCGCACGCUCUGUGUUUGACGGAACGACAGAUAAAGAUAUGGUUCCAGAACCGUAGAAUGAAAUGGAAAAAGGAGAACAAAGUGCUGAACCCCGUAAAGGUCAGCGAAGAAGAGGAUGGUGAAAAGGCGGGAUAAAUGUUAAAAAGGAGCUUGUGACGAAGCCCUAGAAACAUUGUAUAUAGCGUAGCCUGUAGUUUUAAUUAAUAAGUACUGGUUUGUCCAACAACAACAAAAACUACCUAAUAAGUUUUAUGUUGACAUAAAAAAGCUUCAAGAGAAGACUUUCUUUUUCAUUAAAACAGGCCUCUGUAAAGAUGGUAAAAGAUAUAUGGGAGGUGCUUUUACUACUGUUAUAUAUUUUGCGUUUUUUGGCCUAUUUAAACUAAGAAAACAAAUGUUUUCUCGCUUUUGAACAUUCUAAUGUCUAUAAUUUGAAAGAAAACAAGUGCAAAGUUGAAAACUUUGGGAUUAAAGGUCUUACACUGAAGAUGUAUUUCAGUCCGUUGUGUGUUCAAAAGAGGAAAAUGGGACAUUUUGAUGCUUAAUUUAUUGGGUCGUUACUUUUGUGUAUGUGAAUGCACUAAGAAUAAUACGUUAUCAUACUUUGUUAGCAAUGUCAUUUUGUCAAUAAAAUGAUUGUUUAACAAAUAA